AUGUCGGAGCAACUAGGCUCUUUAGAGACAUAUUUUGGAACACCUAUAUUUGAGCUAAGCCAAUUCUUGCAAACUAACAAAAAUGUUUUCACACCCAGAAGCACUUUUUGCAACGAUUAUUCUUUUUCUAACUCGACCGGAUUGAGGAAAAAAAUUAUUUAGUAUAAAAUAUUUAGGCAAAUAAUUAUUUUAUAUAUUUCGCUAAGCUUAUUGUAUUCUAAACGUUAAUUUUAUAAUUUUUUUAUAAAAAAAUAAACUCUCCUUGACAAGGAAAUAAUUUUGCUUGCUAAAAGUAAAGAAACCACAAGACCUUCUACACAAAAACGCAAUAGCAUGCUGGGAAGAAUAGACUUAUCUUCUCGAGAAUAUGAUAGCUCACCUCGGGGAAGUAUUUACCAAAACUCUAUAAAAGAUAUCGAACCAUUUCUCAAAGCAAGCACGAGGGCAUAUACAACUUCAAGACCUCGCCAUAGGCGAAGCUCAAACUCAGAAGACUAUGCGCAUAUAAAAAGUAAAAUAAAUUCAUUGAAAAAUCCCUGAAAUUUAUUUAAUAAAGUUAAACUGAAAAUUAUUAGGCCAUAAGUAGAUAGGCUACUAGCCUGCCUAUCUAGCGUAAACCCACCUAGCCUAAAAAUUAGCUCCUAAGAUUAGAGCUAUCUUUCUUGCAAUCGCCCCGUUAGUCCCGAAAAGCAAAGACUAGGCGAGUACAUCUGGCAGGGACAGGAAAAUCGUCGAGGGAGAAGCAAAACUUUCCUGUUAGGGAGGUACCCCAAACCUAAAGCACUACUUCAAAAAGUUACAGAGGCACUAUUUUCAGUUUCGGGUCCUACCUACUCCAUAGGGAGUGUGUCUCGGAAUCCAUCUUCCGUAGACGUCUCAAUUUAUUUCUUUAUAUAAUAAGAAAUAUAGAAAUUGAUCAUUAAUUUAUUAGGCAAGCAUCCAAAUAGGUCGGCCUUAUAGGUACGUUUUGGUUGUAAGCCAGUUUGAAUUUAUAGUCUGAUCCUAUUAGCAGUUACUUGGGACUUCUUUUUGCAAGCAGCACCCCAGAGCGGCAGUGGUCGAGAUGAGAAGGGAGUAUCUGCUUAAACUGUCCAGCUGCAUGCUUUCAAUAAUCGAAUUCUGAUCGGCAUACAGAUCACAACGAUUGAGCUCAACCCAAGGACAUUACUAGAUUACGUCUCAUUUCUUAUCAGACUCCAAGGUCCUCUUCUCCGAUUGUUGCUUAUGGCAUUCAUUAGAUAUCGUAGGUUUUGAAUACUUGUCACUGCUGCUCCAGUCACUUUGUCUUGACUUCGGUAGAACACCCUUAGUCAGGUGUUGCUACAGUAGAAAAGCCCUUUUAGGAGCGGAAAUGGAGGAAGUCAGUAAAGAGUAUCGCCAUUAUUCUUCAGAUAUUGGAGAUUUCAGCUGGCAGUAAUGCCUCAUAGCAUGUAGCCUAACUAAAAAGGGGACCUCAAACACUCUUAAUAGUCUAAAAUUACCAUUUAAUUAAAAUAAAUAAAAUCCCUACGAAAUCAGAGCAGUUAGUCCCACCCAAAUCCAGCUCAAAGAUAAAGUAAGAAACGAGCUGCAAAUGGGCAAUUAUCAUCAUUUAAUAAGGUCUAUGCGAAAAGCUUUACGAGAAGAUGAGCAAAAAAUCAACCAACGAGCACACGUCAACAUUUCGGCGUUUGAAAGACUAGCUAAAAAUUUUGGGAGCAAAAAAGUUAAUGUUUUGCCUCCAAAGGUGAAAUAUCAAAAAGAUGAAGAUGGAGUUAUUCGGAAUCAAGAAGAAGCGAGGUAUAUGACGAUUAAUAUAGCAAUGAUAAAAUGAUUGAAAAAACGUGGAUCAAGUAAUGAAGGCGGCCUAGCAUACUUAAAGUAG